AUGAAUGAAGUCGAAGAUGUCCAGCCCGGACACAUUUACCAGCCGGGAAACAAAAAGGAAGUGCGUUUGGUUUAUCGUAUUUUGUCGGGGCCUUAUUGCGGCAGACACCAGAAGUCUUUUUCUUUAACAAAGUGGGGCCCCUCGGGGGCCUGGGAAGCAGCAAGAGAAGCCCGGGCCUUCAUGCUGGACACUGGAAAGCUGCCUCCCUUUUUUGCUUCUCCAUAUUCCCGCAGCCGCUUGACCAACGCCUCGGCCAACGGCGGCUGUGCUGCUGCGCUGCUGCUGACGCAUCUGCAGCAGCAGCAGCAGCAGCAGCAGCAGCAGCAGCAGCAGCAGCAGCAGCCGGCUGCAGCAGCAGCGGCUGCGGCAGCGGCUGCGGGUGCAGCCGCCGCUGGCGCGAAAACGGCGGGCAGCAGAAAGGCUCAGAAGAGGAACAGGCUGCAGCAGCAGCAGCAGCAGCAGCAGCAGCAGCAGCAACUCGCCCUGCCCGAGCGAAGAGCGGCUAGUGCUGCUUCCGCUGCUGCUGCUGCUGCUGCUGCUGCGAGUUUGCAGACACAAGCUGCUGCUUCGCUGCUGCCGCUCAGCCCGAUUUUGCCUCCGGAUAAUCCGGAGGGUUCAGCAGCAGCAGCAGCAGCAGCAGCAGCAGCGCCGCUGCAGCUGCUCUCCGCCGUCUACCGCACACAGCAGCAGCAGCAGCAGCAGCAGCAGACGGCAGCAUCAUCCGAUGCAACAGCAGCAGCAGCAGCAGCUGCUGCUGCUGCUGCAAUUCCGUCAAGGCCACAAACGGCACUCGACUUGGCAGCGCUCAGUCUGCUGUCUGCCAGGUCCGAGCUGCAGCAGCAGCAGCAGCAGCAGCAGCAGCAGCAGCAGCAGCAGCACGGUGACGCGGCGGCAAAGGCUCCCGCACUGUUGCUGCUGCAGCAGCUGGCCAGCCAAGACCCUUGUGCUGCUCUUUUGAAGCUGCUGAGUGGCGCAGAGGCCGGCUCCACCGCUGCUGCUGCUGCUGCUGCUGCAGUGAGCCAGCAGCAGCAGCAGCAGCAGCAGCAGCAGCAGCAGCAGCUAAAGUCUCUCUACGACAGCCCUGAAGUUAACUACGCAGAGCUGCUGGGGGGCAGCCAGCCAGGGCGAGUUGUGGGGUCACCGAGGGGAGUAGAUGCAGCGCAGCAGAGCUUGCCGCCAGCAGCAGCAGCAGCAGCAGCAGCAGCAGCAGCAGCAGCAGCAGCAGCGCCGCUGUGCUUGAAUGCUGCUGCUUUUGAUAUACUGCCAAAGGCAGAAGCAGGGGCCCUCGACGCAGCAGCAGCAGCAGCAGCAGCAGCAGCAGGGCAGGGGGAGAAGCAGCAGGCUAAGGAGGGCGACUUGCUGCUGGACGUGCUCACUGCUGUUGAGCAGCAGCAGCUGCUGCUGCAGCAGCUACAGCAGCAGCAGCAGCAGCAGCAAAGCCCGCAGCAGCAGCUGCUGAGUCCUCAAGAAGACAUCCUUGGCUCUCUGCAAUCUCUUUUGGGCCUUUUGGGCUCUCUAAAGAAAGAAGACGGCAAGCCGCCACCGGAGCAGCAGCAGCAGCAGCAGCAGCAGCAGGAGCAGCAGCUGCAGCAACUGCAGCAGCUGCAGCAGCUGCAGCUGCUGCCAGAGGGGGCGGACUUGCUGCCGCUGCUGUUGGGGCAGCAGCUGGCCGCGAGCCAGCACGCGCUGCUGCAGCAGAUGCAGCAGGAGGCCCCGGCCUCACCAGAAGAACAGCUGCAGCAGCAGCAGCAGCAGCAGCAGCAGCAGCAGCAGCAGCAGCAGCAGCAGCAGCAGCUGAACUCGGCUUAUGCCUUUGCGUGUGAGGCGAGCCAAGACGGGAGGGAUAAGGAGCAGGUCUUUUCUGCUUCUUUGCUGCGCCUCCUGCAGGAGCAGCAGCAGCAGGGAGUCGGUGCAGCAGCAGCAGCAGCAGCAGAAGCAGCAGCAGCAGCAGCAGCAGCAGCAGCAGCAGCAGCAGCUCCUGCUGAGUCUAUCGCGCAGAGCAGCACGCCAGAAGUGCUGCCGCAAUCGCAUUUGGGGGACAGCGAAAAGCGAGCAGAGACUCCCUGUGGCUUCAGCGACAGCAGCAGCAGCAGCAGCAGCAGCAGCAGCAGCAGCAGCAGCAGCAGUGCUGUCAGCUCUAUGGCCGCAAGCGCACCAAAUGCUGCUGCUGCUGCUGCUGCUGCUGCUGCUGCUGGAGUGCCAGCAACAGCGAAGGCAACGCGCAGGAACACGGAAGCGCCCGAAGCAAAAGCAGCAGCAGCAGAAGCAGCAGAAACUGCAGCAGCAACGGCAGCAGCAACAGCUGCAGCAACAGCAGCAACAGCAGCAGCAGCAGCUCCUGCGGCCCCUUCGGGCCAGCAGGUGCAGCAGCAGCAAGAGCUGGUGCAGCAGCAGCAGAAGCGGCUUAAGCGAGAGCCGCUGUCUACCCCAGAAGGGGAGCGAGGAACUGCUGCUGCUGCACCAGCUGCUGCUGCUGCUGCUGCUGCUGCUGCUGCUGCUUCGGAAGCGCACGCGCUUCCUGCUGCUGCUGCUGCUGCUGCAACCCCGGCAGCAGCAUCAGCAGCAACAGCAGACUCCGCUGCAGCAGCAGCAGCAACAGCAGACUCCGCUGCAGCAGCAGCAGCAGCAGAUUGGCCCUCUGAGUUUGGCUUGCAGCUGGUGGGCUGCGGCCUGCUGUGCUGA